UAGGAAAUGAAAUUUAACAAAUAACUAGUAAAAUUUUGGAAUAAAAUUAAAAAUGUCAAUGGAAAUAGAUGAAUUAGCUGAAACAAUAAUGGAUUGUGUAAUGAAUAGCCAUAUUAUUUCAGAGGAAGGAAGAAGCUAUAUUGAAUAGCAUAUUCCAACAAAGCCUCCUGAAACUGAUAUUUAAUCAGCAAGAUUUGAUUUAUAUGAAAAGACAGGGAAAGAAAGAAUUUAAAAAGUAGCCCUAGUAUUUAAAACUCAUCAAGAAGCAAGAAGGUAAAAAUUAAAUAUUGUAUUAUAGAUGGUAUUCAUAAUUUAAAUAGCAUGCAACUACUCAUUAAAAAGUUCAUAAGAAAGCUGCACUUUUGGAUAAUGUUCUAUUUAAAUAUGGUGAUUAUGGAAAAUCAUUAUUUUAAUAUGCAGAAUAUAUAUGUGAGUUUAUAGAUUAAUAACCUUUGUGUGUAUUCUAACAUAUGAUUCCAGAUCAUGUAAAUCUUAAUAUAAAUUUUAGGAUUUAAGAUUAUCAGAAACUCAUCCUUACUAUUUUAAAAUUCAUUGGGCUUUUAGAGGAUUUAUGACUCCCUAAACUUCAAGUAUGGUAAAAGCAGAAAGAAAUCCAUCUCUUAUGAAUAAGUUAAAAGAUGAAGAAAUCCCAAGAAAACUUGUUCCUAUAGAUACCUAUAUGCGUUCUUUAAUGGAUAAAAAUAAUAAUAGCAGUUAAGAUGAAGAUGAUGAUGAUGAUUAAUGA